CUCGGGCAGAGCGGAGUGGCAGACCGGGCGGGAGUGAUCAGCCCGGGAACCACGGGGACCUCGGAACUACGGGGACCUCGGAACCACGGGGACCGGGGACCACGAGCUCCGGUGACCACGAGCUCCGGGGACCUGGGGACUCCGGGGAUCUGGGGAUUACGAGCUCCGGGGAUCUGGGACCACAAACUCCGGGGAUCUGGAGACUACGAGCUCCUUGGACGCCGAGCUUCGGGGAACUGGGACCACGAGCUUCGGGGAACUUGGACCACGAGGAGCUGGAGACCACGAGGACCGGGGAACCACGAGCUCUGGGGAACCACGUGUCAAGGGGGCUGGGACCACCACGGGGACCUGUGGACCACAGGGACUUGGGACCUCGAGCAUUGGGUACCUGAGCCCACGAGUUCUGACGACCUGGGAGCACGAUAACUUGGGUCCAGAAGGUGCCUGGGACUUGAGAUCUGGGACCGCGGGUGCUUGUGAGGCCACGCGGAUCUGGGGACACGGGUGCCUGGCACAACGACAAGUUGGGACCAAGAGGACGUGGGACCCCGAGGGUCACGGGGGUUACAAGGACCCGGGGUAUGUGUAUGACCUGUGACGGAAAAGGAGUUGAGACGACUGUGGGUUCUGAUCGCUACGAAGACCAGGGUAUGAGAUUUCUCGGGUCACGGCCCACUGGACCAAAGAGGUUGUGGACUGAACAACUUUCGACCCUCAUAUCGACAUGAGCCGGAAGAUAUGUACAUUCUGGAGAGCAAGUACCUGGCACGUGAUUUUCUAAUAACUUAGAAACGUGUAAUACAGGUUGGGACAUUUUGGCUUUUGAAGACCCAAACGACUUUGGAGCUAUCGGAAGGACGUGGUCAGCUGGCUCGUGAAGUCCCAGACACCCUGGCAAAGCUGAAGAGCUCGGAGCCUUGACGGCGUGAAGACCUAACUCAUAAGGGUUAACGGCGAUGCCAAUUAUCUUCCCAGUAAAUCCUCGCCGAGUCUCAAGACUUCAUUCGAGGAGGCUCCUGCCACGUUGAGAUGUUUGGCCAAUCCCACGAACGAUUUGGGAUUCGUGGGGGAGAAAAUCCACCACCCACGAGGAGGUGACACGACGAUUGGCACGGGGAUAUUCAAUAAUCCAUAGCUUGAGUGUCCAUCUCCUGGCCAUCUUGCAACCGAAGAGUCGAAUGACAUUCAAAUAGCAUCGGGAACUAUGGAACUAAAGGACCAGGAGCCUUGAAGACUUGGUUACUGAAAAGAAGAGGGAAUUUAAACCCUGCAAUAUUGAGGAGCGUGGAAUUGAAAGACCAAUAACUUUUUUUUUAGAUCCGUACAACUGGAAAGGCGAAAGAGGAUUCGUGACAUGAAUUUCCCAGAAUCUGGGACCUCUUUGAUGGCUUGAGGCCCCCAAAAUCGCCGGACGACUUUGGGACCAAAAGCAACGUCUGGUGCCUUCUGAGGAGGAACCCGCUCGGAAGCAACCAGAGGAUGAUGAUGGUGAUGCUGCUGCUGCUGCUGCGGGGUUCGGCGGGCAAGGGGACGACGCCGCCGGCUCUCCCGGGGCCCCGGCUGCUCGUGGCGGGACUCAUCUUGGCGAGACUCGCGGCCUGGAGCGACGCGCGUAGCUGCCUGCACAGCAGCACGGGGGAGUACGGCAGCGAGGCGCCUCCCUUGAACGGUGCCGGCGACGUCGGGGCCUACUGGUCCUACUCCGGUGAAUUUGGGCCUUUUAAUUGGGCCGGAAGUUACCCAGAAUGCAACUCAUCGCGCCAGUCGCCCAUAGACAUCUCGACGGUGGCGGCCACACCCAGCGCAGUGCAUUCUGGGAUGGUACUGGAGGGAUGGAAGAGGAGAACACCGCGGCAGCUGCUCCUGAGGAAUUCUGGGAAGAGCGUGGAGGUGGCGCUGGCGGGGGACUACUUUGUGAGCAGCGGGGCGCUGCCCGGGCGGUUCCGCGCUGCCCAGCUCUCCUUCCACUGGGGGCGCUGCAACGACACGCAAGGCUCGGAGCACCGGCUCGAUGGACAGGCCUACCCGCUCGAGAUGCAGGUGCUGCUGUACCGGCCCAACACCUCCCAGAGCCUGGAGCAGGCCAUCGCCAGUGGGGACAGCAUGGCCGCAAUCGCCAUCCUCUUUCAGGUGCGUGAUGAGGAUAACCCCGCGCUGGACCCCAUCACCAAUGGGCUGGCGCACGUGGCUCAUUACGGCAAGGAGACGCUGAUCCCCGCUCUGUCCCCGCGCUCCCUGCUCCCCGCGGAGCUGGGCUCCUACCUCAGCUACGAGGGGUCGCUCACGGCGCCGCCCUGCUCCCCGCUCGUCAGCUGGGCCGUCUACAGCCAGCCGGCCUUCAUCUCACACGCACAGCUGUCCCGUUUCUGUGGAGUGUUCACGGUGGAGUGCGUGGGCUUCAGCAAGGUGGUCGACUACCUGCAGGACAACUACCGGCCCCUGCAGCCCAGCGCCGGCAUCGCCAUCUACCUCGCCUCGCCCACACACCGCGCCCUGGCAGAGUGCAGCACCGUGCCGGACGGGCUGCGCGUCGACCGGAUCGACGGCGAUGAGCGGUCGGCGGCCGGUAAGGGGUCGGGGAUCGCCGCAACCCUGCGCGUGACCUGGGCUCGACCCCGCGAGCUCUCGGCCAAUCCCAUCGAGCGCUACGCGGUGACGUACUCGCACGGGGCGAGCCAGGAGGAGGAGGAGCGGCUGACAGACGGAGACCAGGACACGGGCGUGGUGCUGCGCGACUUGAGCGCCGGCGCCGUCAACCAGAUCCGCGUGCGCUCCGUGUGCGAGGGCGGCGUGCGCAGCGCGCCCAGCGACCCCGUCUCCUUCCCCCCGCGCGCCGCCGACCCCGACGGCUCGGCGAGCAGCGGUCGGGGCGUCCUCUCCUCGUCCUCCUCCCCGGCGAACUGGGUCACCAUGGAAACGCGAGGCACGGCGGCAGGACCGCCUGCGGGCAACGGCAGUGCCGCCCCCUCUCCUGGCGCAGCGGGAGAUGCUGGGAAUUCCCCCCCGUCCUCCGCCGCGCCCCAUUGGUCGGUUCCGGCGGCCGCGACCACGCCCGUGCCGGUGACGGCAACUGCGGUGCUCCCCCCGCGGAGCGGCGCAGCCCCCACCCCCGCGGUCCCCGUUACGACCGGCAGCGCCGCGACAACCAGAGGAGGGGCCGCAACUGCGUGGGUCGCCGUGACGACCGCAUCCCGGUCCUCGCCUCCUCCCCACCCCCGGAGCCCGACGCCUCCCACGCGGAGCGGCGUGACCACGGCGACGGGGGGGCGCCGGGGGGGCACCACGCGCGGCACGGCCUCUGCAUUGGCGCCGGCAUGGAGCAGCCCCACCGCCACGGCCCCGUCGGCGAACACCACGGAGGCCGCGGCGGGGCCUGGCGUGACGGACAGAGGAGAAGGGGGCAGCGGCGGCGGCGCCGUCUCUGUUCCCGCAGCGCUGCCCACCACUCCCCGGCCCGCGCCGGUCGGCACCGUCGCCGCUAACGCCACCCUCGCCACCGUCGGCGCCAACGCCACCGUCGCCACCCUCGCAACCCUCGUCACCGUCGGCGUCGCUCGCGGCGACCGCGGCGACCGCAGGAUGUGGGCGACCGCCGCCGUUCCGGACCCCGGGGUUCGGAACGACACUGAGCGUGCCGGCGGAGGGCGCACUCAUGCAGGCAUGGUGAACGAGUCCCACGAAGGCCUGGCUCGUGGCCCCAUCACUGACUGGAAGAUUCCGCUGAUGAUCGUGUCGGCGCUUACCUGCGUGUGCCUGGCGCUGCUGCUGUCCAUCCUCGUGUACUGGAGGAAGUGUUUUCAGACGGCGCACUUCUACGUGGAGGACAGCAGCUCCCCACGCGUGGUGCCACCUUCCGGCCUCCCCGCAAUCCCCAUCCCCGAGGACGGCGAGGCGCUGCCAGUGAAGCUCUUUGCCCGACACGUCGGGGAGAUGCACGAGGGUGCCCUGCACAGCUUCAGCCAGGAGUUUGAGGAGGUGCAGCGCUGCACGGCGGACUUGGGAAUCACGGCGGAGCACUCGAACCACCCGGAGAACAAGCACAAGAACCGCUACGUCAACAUCGUCGCCUACGACCACAGCCGCGUGCGUCUGCGUCCGCUCCCGGGAAAGGAUUCAAAGCACAGCGACUACAUCAACGCCAACUACGUUGACGGCUACAACCGGCAGAAGGCCUACAUCGCGGCCCAGGGACCCCUCAAGGCCACGUUUGCCGAUUUCUGGAGGAUGGUCUGGGAGCAGAACACGGGCGUCAUCGUGAUGAUCACCAAUCUCGUGGAGAAGGGUCGGCGCAAGUGCGACCAGUACUGGCCGUCGGAGAACAACGAGGAGUACGGGAACAUCCUGGUAACGCUCAAGAGCACCCGCACGCUCGCCUGCUACACUGUGCGCCACUUCACCAUCCGCAACACCAAGCUGCGCAAGGGCACGUCGCAGAAGAGCUCUGCCCGCGGCCGUCAGAACGAGCGGCUCGUGGUGCAGUUCCACUACACGCAGUGGCCCGACAUGGGCACGCCGGACUACGCGCUGCCCGUGCUCACCUUCGUCCGCAAGUCCUCGGCCACGCGCACCGACCUCAUGGGCCCCGUCGUCGUCCACUGCAGCGCGGGCGUUGGCCGCACGGGGACCUACAUCGUCCUCGACUCCAUGCUGCAGCAGAUCCGGGACUCGGGCACCGUCAACGUGCUGGGGUUCCUCAAGCACAUCCGCACGCAGCGCAACUACCUGGUGCAGACAGAGGAGCAGUACACAUUUAUCCACGAGUCGCUGCUGGAGGCGGUGCUGACGGGCGAGACGGAGGUGGCCCCGGGCCAGCUCCACGCCUACUACACCUCCAUCCUGUCACCCGCGGCAACCGACGUGACACGGCCCGUUGUCACGGCGACCGAGAACACCCACCUUGAGAAGCAGUUCCGCCUUGUGACGCAGUGCUCUGUGCGGCAGUCGGAAUUCUUCAGCGCCACCAAACACUGCAACAAGGAGAAGAACCGCAACUCCUCCAUCGUGCCAGUGGAGCGAUCGCGAGUCGGCCUCUCGUCGCUGUCCGGACUGGAGGGCACCGACUACAUCAACGCCUCCUACAUCACGGGCUAUUACCGCAGCAACGAGUUCAUCGUGACGCAGCACCCUCUGCCGCACACAACGCGAGACUUCUGGAGGAUGAUCUGGGACCACAACGCGCAGAUCAUCGUCAUGCUGCCCGACGGGCAGGGCCUGGCGGAGGAUGAGAGUGUGUACUGGCCGGGCCGUGAGGAAGCCAUGAACUGCGAUGACUUCACGGUGACGCUGAUUAACGAGGACCGGCUGUGCCUGGCUAACGAGGAGCAGCUCGUGAUCCACGACUUCAUUCUGGAGGCCACACAGGACGACUACGUGCUGGAGGUGCGGCACUACCAGUGCCCACGGUGGCCAGACACGGAGGGGCCCCUGAGCAACGCCUUCGAGAUUAUCAACGUGAUCCGCGAGGAGGCGGCGACGCGCGACGGCCCCACCAUCCUGCACGACGAAUUUGGCGGCGUGUCGGCCGGCACGUUCUGCGCGCUCACGACGUUGCUGCACCAGCUGGAGGAGCAGGAAGCCGUGGACGUGUUCCAGGUCUGCAAGAUGGUGAACCUGAUGCGGCCCGGCGUCUUCACCGACAUCGAACAAUACCACUUUGUGUAUCGCGCGGCGCUGAGCCUGAUCGGCACGCGGGAGGACGGCGGCAUGGCGAGCGAGCGCAAUGGCUCGGCAGGCGCGGGGGAAGAGGCGGACGGCGCCGAGAGCACCGAGUCGCUCGUUUGAUUGGGAAAGGAGGGGGGGGCACAGGGCGGGGGGGGGGCGGCCUCAGGGUCUGCUGGGGCGACCUGAAGAGCAGCAAGAGGGAUCUGGUGACCAGGGACCAGAGCCCAGGGGGGCCGAGUCCAGGGGAGAUGAGACCUAGGGCCAAAAGGUGUUGUAACCAGGGCCAGGUGUAAAUAUAGAUGAGACUUCAGACCAGGGCUGAUAGUACCCGAGACCAGGACAGUUACGAAUAGGUCCUGGGACCAGCGGGACUCGGUCAAUGGGAAAUCAGAUUCCGGGGGACAGGGACCCUGGCCCAGGGAGAAUGAGACCUGUGUCUGUGAGAGCUGUGGACCAGGUCCAUUAGGGAGGGGGAUUUUGAAGUAGGUUGCUAGAUUCAGGCACAAUCUAGGCGAUUUGUCCAUUGCCGUGGCAUAUACACCAACGAAAAAAGCACCCGACAACAUCAAAGACCACUUCUACAAGUCUCUGGAACAGUCGCGAAACGUCACAAAACCACGGGAGCUCAUCACGUGCUUCGGAGACGGACUCCGGAACGUGAUCGGCCCACAUGGCAGCGGCAUCUCCAAUGAUAACUCAGAAAGGCACCUGUAUUUCUGUGCAGGAAAUGGGCUUCGAAAAUGUGGUUCUUGGUUGCAGCGCCGCACCAUUGUCCAGCAGCCGCACAGAAAGAAAUCGACCAUAUAUAUAUACUCAUCAACUCCAGGUGGAAAGCUUUGCAAACUUUUGCACGGUUUACUGGAGCAUGGAGUUCAACACGGAUCGGCCCAGUUAUUAAAACUAUCGGUAUCGGACUGAAACGAUUAUCCGGUAGGAUUAUUGUCUCCGUCUUCCCGCUACAACAUCAAAAAACUUUAAAGACCCGGCAUUCAAACAGCAAUUCAUAGUCGCCAUUAACAACCAAUUGUUAGCCCUCCAAAACGAAUGGCUGACAGACUGGGACCAGCUUCGAGACUCAGUCAACAAUGCCGCCCAAGACCUGCCUUGGAAUGCGUAGCAAUAUCAAAAAAGAGAGUGGAUCAGUGACGACGCAUGGAGCCUAAUUGACGAGAAAUGCAAAGCACGGCAUGCAGGGUCUGACCAACACUACAAGCAACUGAGAAGGCAAUGUAAGAACCAGAUCUGGGGACGACCGCCAGAGAUGGGCAAAUGAGAAAGCUGCGGCCGCGGAGCAAGAACUCGCGAAUGUCAGAGAUGCGUUUUGCCAACUUCAGACAGCUCAACCAUGGACUCGAGUGGCCUCUCGUGGCCUCAUGGUCAGCGAUAGGAGGCAAACAAUGAGUCCGUUGGAAAUAACUCGACUCUCAGCUGCUGAAUCGCCCUCCGUCGUGGGUGUGUUGUACAGCAUGGUGCCAUAAAGGGGUGAAGAUUAUUUUUUUUAUUCAUGCUAUUUUGUUCAGUCUCGAAACAAAAUCGAGUCCACACAGUUGUUUCACGUUUACAAAAUAAGCCACUGUUAGUGGACAAACACAAGUGGCCAUGAGGAACCAGGCAGCUGGUGGUGUGUGCACCGGGACAGUUAGGAGCUGCCUAUGAUACAUACACACACCCUGAUACACAGACGGGUGCACACACCGUGAUACAAUUUCUUGAUAUAUACACACACAUCAUACACACACACACAUUGUUGCACACACCAUGAGCUAUACCCACACACACGUUGCUACACAUACCCUAUAGGUUGGGAGACCACGUAAAAUGUGAGGGUUUCACCCACAGGUCACAGGACAGACCCAGAUGUCACGGGUUGACUGCGAUGACUGAUAGAUGCACCACCCGUGCUCCCACUGUGCCAACAAACGCACCACCCAACACGCUCGCACACACUGCCAUGCAUACGUGCCAAGAUGCGUGAGCUGAGGUUGCCUACCUGAACAAAUCGCUGGGGCUGGGAGGAGGGAAUCGCUCACUCUGCUGCCUUGUGCAGCCGCAGUAGGCCUCUUGUGUCGGCUUCUCUGGGCUCGUUAACAAAUUGAGCUCACUCUGCACGUGACCAGGAACAAAGGGAAACUCAAGAAGAAGUGCCUCUGGGAGGCGGGGGGGGGAGGAGGCGCUGGCCUGGAGCCUCCCGCUUGGUGAUUGCAGCGGUGUUCACAUGAACCACUCGGUCGCUCGCAAAAGAAAACCGCUCUCUCAUACACCCAGAGGUCCUGGGCAAUCAGGGAGGGAUUUGUGGGUUCUGGGACAGGGCGAGGGGUUAAUCAGGGGUUACCAGAACCCAGGGACAGGGGGUUUUGUGGGUUGGGGGGGCGGUGGUGGGACCUAGGGGCAGGGUGGUCUCGUGUUUUCUCGUGCAAUAAUCAAAACGUAAACCAACUCCAUUCCACUCCUGUGAAUGCCCGGCCCGUGUCGCCCGCGUCGUGUCAACGUUCACGUUCUUUCUUUUUUAUUAUCGACGAAACUCGCUAUAACUUUUUUCCAGUUUGUAAUUAAGCAUCUUCAUAAUCUAGCCAUAUUUAUGAGCGUGUUUAAACAUGUUCACAAUAAAGGAACAUUCUAUUUCAUCACA